CAGAAGCGCCCUGGGCGCCUGCCGAGCCUUCCAAACUGAGCCGCUGCCUCCCGCGGCAGCAAAGGACUUUCAGAUGUUGUAGCGGCGGCAACGGCGGCGGCGACUUAGGACAGCGCCCCCUCCCCCUAACAGCCGCCUCUCCCCCCCUGCCCCCUCCCCCACCUCUGGGAAGGCGCUGGGGGUGUGGCCAGGGGCUGGUAUAAAGUCCGGGGGAGCUGGUCCCAGGCAGCCGCUCAGCCCCCUGCACCCCCCACCGCCCGCCGCCUGGGCCGGGCCGAGGAUGCGGCGCAGCGCCCCCGCGGCCAGGCUCGCUCCCUUCCGGCCCGCUUGCUAACUUCCUCGGCUCCAUCCUUGUCCGCCAGCCGGGCCAGCCCCGUUUCCCCGCGCCCUCCGGGUCGGGUCCCUCCAGGCGCGUCGGGCUCUGUCGCCGUGCGACCCCUGCUGCCAGCCGGCGUCCCGUCCUCGCCCGGUCAUGCUGCCCCUGUGCCUCGUGGCCGCGCUGCUGCUGUUGGCCUCCGGGCCCCGGCCGAGCCUGGGCGACGAAGCCAUCCACUGCCCGCCCUGCUCCGAGGAGAAGCUGGCGCGCUGCCGCCCCCCCGUGGGCUGCGAGGAGCUGGUGCGAGAGCCGGGCUGCGGCUGUUGCGCCACUUGCGCCUUGGGCAAAGGGAUGCCCUGCGGGGUGUAUACACCCCGCUGUGGCUCUGGCCUGCGGUGCUACCCGCCCCGGGGCGUGGAGAAGCCCCUGCACACGCUGAUGCACGGGCAAGGCCUGUGCAUGGAGCUGGCAGAGAUCGAGGCCAUCCAGGAAAGCCUGCAGCCCUCUGACAAGGACGAGGGUGACCACCCCAACAACAGCUUCAGCCCCUGCAGCCCCCAAGACCGCAGGUGCCUGCAGAAGCACUUGGCCAAGAUCCGAGACCGGAGCACCAGUGGGGGCAAGAUGAAGGUCAUCGGGGUGCCUCGGGAGGAAGCCCGGCCUGUGCCCCAGGGCUCCUGCCAGAGUGAGCUGCACCGGGCCCUGGAGCGGCUGGCCGCCUCGCAGAGACGCACCCAUGAGGACCUCUACAUCAUCCCCAUCCCUAACUGCGACCGCAACGGCAACUUCCACCCCAAGCAGUGCCACCCGGCCCUGGAUGGUCAGCGCGGCAAGUGCUGGUGUGUGGACCGGAAGACGGGAGUGAAGCUUCCGGGGGGCCUGGAGCCGAAGGGGGAGCUGGAUUGCCACCAGCUGGCCGACAGCUUCCGAGAGUGAGCCCUGCCAGCAGGCGGGGGGGCUCGGUGCCUCCUGCUGCCCCCUUCCCUGGAGGCUGGAGAGUUGACCUGGAGCUUGAGUCUGCAUCAUGGCUCUGCCUCUGGCCUGGAAGUUUCCCUCGGGGUGUGUGUUUGUGUGUGUGUAUGGACAUGCGUGUUUAUGAGCGUGGGUAUGCCCUUGGGGUGAGCCGAAGCCUAGGGGUGUCCUCUUUGGGCUUAGAUAGCCCCAGAGGUCUGUGAAUAGCAAGAGGGAGCCCCGAUGUAUUUCCAAGUCGAUCCUGGCUCAUUCAUUCAUUCAGCCAUCAAAAAAUAUUUCUUGUCCCCAUGCUGCAUGCCAGCUUUAGUUUUCAGCCCUGGGGGCUCUUCUUUUGACUCACUCUGAUUUAGAACUGUGGGGCCACCUCUGCAAGGGGAGCACAAGUCUGUAGGAGAAAAAAGUCCUAUUCUCAUAAUCAGGGGAGGAAAGCAGACAUGUACCCUGACACACUGUCCCCCGCUCCGGUCUAGUCGGAGGGUGGAGGCCGUAGGGAAGGUGGGGGUAGCCGAUGACUCAGUGGUUAGGAGACCCAGACCUGAUCUCAAAGCCGAAAGCCUGCCAGACUCCCCUUCACUCCUUUUCCAGGUCCCUGCAAGGGGAAGCACCUGCAGAGACAAGCCCACCUUAGGGGUUGAGUGUGGUACCAGCAGCUUGGUUGCCUGGCAACCAAGACCUUCCCAGGGGGAGGGAAGAGGUCAGAGGCAGGGCUGGGGAGGUGGGGCCCAUCUCUGAGCCGUCAGGGUAGGAGGAAAGAAUGCACCUGCCUGAUGGGGAAAAGGAACCACAUGCUGGGAGGUGACGGACUUAUCUGGGGUCCUGCUUCCUCCCCCCUUAUCGGUCACAGCCAGGAAGUCACCAGGAUGACUCCAUCCUUCGGUGGCUCUGCCUCUCUCCCUACACCUCCUUCCCUGGACCUUCUUCCCUCAUAUUUCCCUCCCCCCUGGGCAUUUUCUGGCUUGACUGGAAGGAGAGAGACAGGAACCUACCAGUUGGCCGUGAUUUUUUUUUUUUUUUUAACAAAACAGAACAAAACCAAAAAAACCCUA